GAUGGAUAACGACAUCGUCGACCUUCUUUCUGAUACUUAUCCAGGUGUUACUGCGGAUGAACCUAUGGCGAUUGUGUGUAGUCCACAGAAGCCGAUACCUGCUUCCGAUCCGAUGCCCCCAGGCUUUUCGAAGUUGCUCAGAGCAACUCUAGGGGGGCUCACGAUCCGACGUGGCACUCGGCGAAAGAGGGAGAAAUCUUUCACACCGAUGGGAAAGUAACACCCAAGAGGUAUUAUAUGGAUGCAUGGGUAUAUCCGUGUUACGUGGCUAUAAAUUCAUCGGGGAAACAGGCUUUCAUCAAAAACGAAUUCGCCGCUCUGUGUGGACAGACGUAGAUGCCCACGAAGUUUUGAUUACAAUCACGCCGACAGUAUAUACGUAUGAGAAAAGAAAGGGCUUCACUCUUGUGAAUGUUCUAGGUCGCUACGGUGCAGACUGUAUCCAACGCACGCCUGCCACUGGCAUGCACGAGCGUUGCUUGUUCUUGAUUGCAGAUCCCACUUCGAACCCGACCUGUCAACGAGCCUUGUUGUAA